AUGGUUGGACAGAUCAUCCGAGCAUUGGCAAAGGCUAGCAACUUGUCUAAAUAUUGGUGGCUCAGAUAUUCGUCAGAUCAACCAGAUGGCAACAAAGAACCACAGGUACAAAUGAAUGACUUCGAAUUUUCCGGUCAGUCAACAAAAAUUUAUUCAUUCGUGGUUGAUCAGAUGGCUGUUGAUCUGUUCGCCGAGCUUGGCAAUUGGCCUGCAAACGUUUCGCCACCAUACGAGGAGACAUCAUCGGUGCGCGGUUGGUUAGGUACUUCUUCCUUGCCUGCGUGUGUUUAUAUAGCAGUCAAAGGCCAUCUGUUAUCUUCUGACGUGAUUGGCUACCUGAAGUGUAACGAGUCUAGUGAAUCUAUUGUUCCGUUUGUGAUCCUUGUUGCGUUGUAG